AAGCCCGCCCUCGACUUCCUCAUCCCGCCCUGUCCCACCCCGCCUGUGGGCGGGACCUGAACCGAGCGGCUUCCGCUUUCCACUUUCCUGCCUUGCGCUCAUCCAUGUAUAUGUAUAUAUAGAAUUUAACCGUCUCCAAAGCGUAUGGUCAAACUGAAGAAGGCAUAACCAAUAAUCAUCUGAAUUGUGAUUGACUCAUUGAUAAUCCCAGAGGAAAAUUAGAGAUCACUACUCUAACAUAAGCCCCAGCGUCUUGCUUGCUGCAAAGAUGCUUGAUGUGAAGGCUUGGGCUGAGUAUGUUGUGGAGUGGGCCGCCAAGGACCCGUACGGCUUCCUUACCACAGUUAUCUUGGCGCUCACGCCACUGUUCCUAGCUAGUGCUGUACUGUCCUGGAAGUUGGCCAAGAUGAUUGAAGCCAGAGAGAAGGAGCAAAAGAAGAAACAAAAACGGCAAGAAAACAUCGCAAAAGCUAAACGACUAAAGAAGGAUUGAAGGGUGAACAGACUGCAGCUAGAGAAAACAACCCCUCUGGAAAGGGCUGCAGCUUUGGAAGGACUCUCACCAAGCUUCCAGUCGGUUCUUGAUAGUAUUAUUUAGUAAACUGAAUCUGACUGUGUAGAAGAGUCAUGUUCUGACCUCCAUGCUACCGUAACUUUCAGGCUUGGAAAUAAAAGUUUGUUGGUAUGUACUGACAAGCAUUUAAGUUAGCAUUUAUCAUACAGGUGGAGCAUACCUAAUGUGAAAAAUCUGAAGCUCAGAAGCACUGUAAAAUCUAACACCUGUGCUCAGACACGAUGCCAAGAGUGGAAAAGCCCACAGCCCACUUCGUGAUGGGUUGCAGUCAAAAUACAGGUGCGCUAAAAAUACAUAAAGUUAUCUUCCAGCCACGAGAAAUACAAGCGGACCUUGUGUUUAGAUUUGGAUCCCAUCCUCAAGGUAUUAUGAAAUACUUUUAAAGUCUGGAAAAAAAAAUUAAAACAUUCCAGUUCCAAAGCA